AUGUCUCUUCCACAAUUCAUCAACCCGCGCGACCUCCACUCCAACCACUGGCUGAUCCACGAUCUGCCGGAAGAACCAGCCUGGGAAGACCGCGUCGGCCUGAAGAUCGACUUCAUGGCCAUCCAAUGGGGACUGAUCCACCCCUUGGAAGACGCCUACCUUGAGGCAGCCCAAGAGCUCUUCAGUAUGGUUUCUUCAGUGCCAAAACACCUUCGACAUCAUGCUAAUUCAGACCCUAGCGCCCUGGUGGACCGAUCCGGAGCCCGAAAUCGCACCAGCACCUCUCUCUCCAACCCCGAGCGCCCAAUCCUCGACUCCCUCGACGCCCCUUUUCGCACCUCGAUCACACGCCAAGGUGGCUCCCGUACCCCCGUACCCACCGCAGCACCGUCCGCCAAGGCGUCCGAUUUGGGCGUCGAUUACGACCGCUCCUACACCGACGCUGAGAUCCAGGCCCUGAUUUCUGGUUGGUCGGUCCCUUCGAACGCUACCUGGAGCCAGUCCGACAACGAAGCCCUGAUUCGCGAGAUGAUUAUCGCGAUCUGCAAUGAGCGCGAUGCCUGGGAGGGCCUUGGCGCCCUUUGGCUGCGUCUGGAGAAGCGCCUCAAGAGGAAGAGCGCCGGAGCAAUCCGGUCGCAUUGGAUGCGCCAUCUGAGGGCUGUUUGUGGGGUGGAUGAGCGGGUGAACGGAAAGCCGGAGAGUUUGAGGACGUCUUUGAACCCGGCCCAGCAGCGUCAGGAGGGCCUCGAGCGGGCGAAGAAGGCAGCAGAGAAAGCGGAGAAGGAGGCGAGUCUGAAGGCCGAAAAGGCAGUGGCGAAGACGGAGAGCAAGAAGCGGAAGAGGGGAGCGGUGGCUCUGGAGGACGAGGACGAGGAUGCGAAGCUGGCCCGGAAGCUGCUGAGAGAGGACAUGGGGAUGAGGAGGAGGGGGUGA